UCAAACUUGUUCAAUUAUGGCGGUUUCGUGUUUUUUCAAGCUCAAAUACGAAAUGAGUACUAAUGUGCGCUGCUCAUCGAGCGGCGACAUUGACAGCGAUUUGCCGAAUAUUUCCGUGCGCCAUUUUGUGAAUGCUAUGGAAUUUGGUGUUAAGUAAUCACGCGAGAAUAACAACAACGCGGACCUGAUAUAAUGACUGAGAAAUCAGCUGUGGGUAAAACGACACUUAAACGUCAUGAGGUGGCAAAACCUAUUCACAUUCAGAGACUGGAGGUCGCCUUAGAUGUUAGACCAUUUGUUGACCAAGUGAAGAGGAUCCUGAAUCUAGAGGAUGGGACAGAGAGUGAAGAUGAUUCUGACUCUAAGUCAGCAAAUGAAUUAUCUAAAGGAGACAGAGUCAUUCAUGGGGUUGUUACUACUAAAGAAGAACGCCACAGUGAUCGCCUGCGACUCUAUAAUUUAGCAUCUGUUGGGGAAGAGAGAGAAUGGUUACGUGACAUACUAUUAUCCUCUAGUUCAGAAAGCAACAGUGAAGAUGACACUCCUGAGAGCAAGGAGAUUAGAAUACAGAGGAUGCUGAAAGAAAGACAUCAUCACAAUAAACAUGCUAAGAAGUACUAUAAAGAUCCUGGGAAUUCUCGAUACAUGUAUUAUGGUGCUGGUCUUCUAUCUACUGUGGAUCGUUAUCCUGAACGUCGAGUCAGUAGGCCGGCACCUCCACCACCUAGCACCAGAGGGCGUAGGGGUCGGCCUUCAGAAAGAGGUGCAACCAGAGGCGUACACAAGGCUAGAAGAGGCCGUGGAAGGGAUAGUAGGGCUGGCAUUGAAGUUGAAAAUCCUGAGAAUGUUGAUUGGGACCAACAAAUUUUAAUUAAGAAUGUAAAACAUGAACCUGAGAGUGAAGAGUACAAUAUUGAUAAACCGGGAGUAAGGGGUCGAAAGAAAUUGUCUACACUGAAAAGUCCAGAGGCCUUAACAGCCCGCCGUCGUCGACACUGGUUGCUACUAGUCAAAAAGGAGUUAGGCAAGGUCCAGAGGGCGCGGACGGCUACGCACAGGGAAGUGAUGCUGCAAAGGAAACGACUGGCCACUUUGUGCUGCAAACAUUGGAGACAUGUCGCUAUGCAGUCUCAAAAGAACAUGAAAGAAACAGUAUGGCGAUGUAAGAGAUUAAGCCGCGAAAUGCAAGCUUACUGGCGGCGGUAUGAUCGCGCCGAGAGAGAAACUCGACGGCGAAUGGAAAGAGAAGCCGAGGAACAAAGGAAGAUGGAUGUAGAACUAAUGGAAGCCAAACGACAACGUAGGAAAUUGAACUUCUUAAUAACGCAAACAGAAUUAUAUGCGCACUUUAUGCAACGUAAGCUGAACUCAGCCGAGGAGGGCGACAACGGUGCUGAUCAUAUACUGAGACAACUAGACGAGGAUAGAGAUCCGAGACUUUCCACUAUUGACCAUUACGACAGCGAGGCAAUGAAAUUGCAAGCAUCACGCAAUGCGCGCGAAGCAUUUCGCGCAGAGAGAGCUCGCACACAACAGUUUGACUCGGCGGCUAACGCGGCCAUGCACGGGGAACACCCGGACAGUGAGACCACACACGGGGAAGACCCGGCCACGGAUACUAACGAUCGUCGCGCCGGUGAUCAUGACCAACCUUCUAUUUUCAGAGGAACUUUGAAGGGUUACCAGCUUAAGGGGAUGAAUUGGCUUGCAAACUUAUAUGAUCAGGGUAUCAGUGGUAUACUAGCAGAUGAGAUGGGUCUGGGCAAAACUGUGCAGUGUAUAGCGUUCUUGUGCCAUGUCGCCGAGAGACUAGGGGUCUGGGGACCCUUUCUGGUCGUAUCACCAGCCUCCACGCUACACAACUGGCAGCAGGAGAUGCAAAGAUUUGUACCAGAUUUUAAAGUUGUACCAUACUGGGGUAGUCCUGGUGAGCGUAAAAUCCUCCGUCAAUUCUGGGAGCGUAAAGAUCUUCACACGCCCCAAGCCGCCUUUCACGUCGUCGUCACUUCAUAUCAAAUUGUUGUAUCCGAUUUGAAGUACCUCAACAGAGUAUCAUGGCAGUACAUGAUAUUAGAUGAAGCGCAGGCUAUAAAGAGUUCAGCGAGUAUGAGGUGGAAGUUAUUACUUGGAUUUAGCUGUAGGAACAGGUUGCUGCUUUCUGGUACACCAAUACAGAACAGUAUGGCUGAACUGUGGGCUUUACUCCACUUUAUAAUGCCGACGCUUUUCGAUUCACACGAGGAGUUCAAUGAGUGGUUUUCCAAGGAUAUAGAGAGCCAUGCUGAAAACAAAAGCACUAUAGACGAGAAACAUUUAUCUAGAUUACAUAUGAUAUUGAAGCCAUUUAUGUUGAGGCGUAUCAAGAAAGACGUAGAGAAUGAGUUAUCAGAUAAAAUUGAAAUUAUGGUGCAUUGUCCGUUAACUAUUAGACAAAAACUUUUAUACAUAGCGUUAAAAAAGAAAAUUAAAAUAGAAGAAUUACUCCAUUAUUCUGUUGGUGCUGAAUCCGGCCACAAUGUAGAUAAGAACUUCACAUCGAAUUUAAUGAACUUAGUUAUGCAGUUUAGAAAGGUUUGCAAUCAUCCGGAAUUGUUCGAGAGGCGAGACGUGAGAUCUCCAUUUGCUAUGCAAGUUGACGAUUAUCACAUGCCAAAGUUGGUUGCUGAAGAAUGUAUAUUGAUACGGUCAAUACCAUCGCAGCGCCAUUUACUUUAUAAUAUAUUUUCAAUAUUGCAACCUGAGCAUAUGCAUAGAAGUAUAAGUGAAAACGCUGAUAGUCAGUGUUUUAGUUUUUUGAGAUUCAUCGACCUGUCUCCUAUGGAGGUGUUUAGAGUUAUGUUAUGUGGAUGGUUGUAUGCGAUGCAGCAUAUAGAACAAUGUCUUGAAAAAUAUGAAAAACUGCGGCAUAGAGAUAGUUGGUGGUACAAUAACGAUGGUUGUGAUAUAAAACAGGAAGUGAUAGAGACAGAUGUACCCACAGACCAUUAUGAUAGAGUGAGAUGUAAAGACUUAUUGCUGGUGUGUCCCGAUGGGGAUACUUUGAAGCGAAGAAAACAGGAUAGUUUGAUGUGGAGGGAGUUGCUAUUCACAGAUCCUUUAUGGGAUAAAGCUGGUCCGUUAUACACUCAUACAGAGCAUACGUUACAUUAUAUGCAAGAAACAGUCGAACAUCGCGCACUACGGGCCAGACACAUGAGGGAAAAGGAGGGACAGACGGAAAUGUUGAGUGAAAUUAAAACGGAAGAAGGUGGCGUAAUGUCGGUGUCCACAGCAGACGCUACUUUCGCAGAGUUCCCACACGUAGAGCGGCCGCCGCGACUCUAUGCUAACGUUCCCACUACGCUUCCCGCAUUUUUGUACACUGUCCAGCAAAAGGUAUGCGCAAGCACUCGUUGCCCAUUCGCGGUUUCGAGAAACUUUGCAUAUCACGUGAGACGGCAUCAGCAUGGAGAGUGUUCUGCAGGGAGCGACACGCUGGCGAGGUUGGUGGCAUCCGCCAGGCCUCCAUGGGGAUGGGCUUCUUUACAAGUGCCAGAUAAAAACCAGCUAGUAAGUGACGCCGGGAAGCUGACUGUAUUAGAUUCAUUAUUGAAGAGACUGAAAGAGCGUGGUCACAGAGUGCUCAUCUACAGCCAGAUGACCAAGAUGAUCGACUUAUUAGAGGAGUACAUGUGGCACCGCAAACAUAAGUACAUGCGGUUAGAUGGUUCCAGCAAGAUAUCAGCUCGUCGGGACAUGGUUGCUGAUUUCCAGGCUCGAGCAGAUAUAUUCGUGUUCUUAUUAUCAACACGUGCGGGCGGCCUCGGCAUCAAUUUAACUGCCGCUGAUACUGUGAUAUUCUAUGAUUCGGAUUGGAACCCCACAGUGGACCAGCAGGCUAUGGACCGAGCCCAUCGACUCGGACAGACCAAGCAGGUGACAGUCUACCGGCUAAUAUGUAAGGGUACCAUUGAGGAACGAAUCAUGCAGCGUGCCAGAGAGAAGAGCGAGAUCCAAAGAAUGGUGAUAAGUGGUGGUAACUUUAAACCUGAUACACUGAAACCAAAAGAAGUGGUCUCGUUGCUUUUGGACGACGAGGAAAUCGAACUCAAAUAUCGCCAAAAAUCCGAAGAGAAGAAAAUUAUGGAGGACAAAGAAAGGAAACGGAAAUUGGGGAUUAUACCAUCGGCCGCGGCGGGUGAAACGAAGAGGCCGCGAGAGUCCUCGCCGUCCGCCGACAGUCCACCCGAACUAGAUGUGUCUUCGGUGUCUACCACACCCAACUCGUACUCGCCGCCGACGCGCGGCGGAUCGUGGGGCGGGCCGUGGGGCGCGGCGUGGGGCGGCGCGGGGCCCGCGCAGGCCGCCCGCGGGGCGCGCGGGGCCCGGCGGGGCCGCCCGCGGGGCUCGCGGCACGCGCAGUCCCGCCGCUCCGACUCCGCCGCCGUCUCGCCCGCGUCCGCCUCCGCUGCACCGUCGCCCAGCGACGCUGACGCCCUCGCCGCGGGCGCUGCACUACUGGAAUCGGACGCGCCCCUGGAGAACCUGGAAGUGUCGAGCGGGCAGCCCGGGGAGUCGCGCGGGCGGCGGGGCCCGGGGCGGCCCCGGCUGCGGGCGGCGGCCCCGCGCGGGCCCACGCGGCGCCCGCGGCGGCCCCGCGAGCCGCUGCUCGUGCCCCUCGCGCCGCCCCCCUAA